AUGUCGGCUCAACAACAAGUUCCUACAUUCAAGCUCGUCCUGGUUGGAGAUGGUGGUACCGGUAAAGUAAAGUUUGAGAAAAAAUACAUGGCCACCUCCGGUGUUGAGGUCCACCCAAUGUCGUUCUACACCAACUUCGGUGAGAUCAAGUUCGACGUCUGGGACACUGCUGGACAAGAAAAAUUCGGUGGAUUGAGAGACGGUUACUACAUCAACGGUCAAUGUGGUAUCAUCAUGUUCGACGUCACCUCCAGAAUCACCUACAAGAACGUUCCUAACUGGCACAGAGACUUGGUCAGAGUGUGUGAAAACAUCCCAAUUGUCUUGUGUGGUAACAAAGUCGAUGUCAAGGAAAGAAAAGUCAAGGCCAAGACCAUCACUUUCCACAGAAAGAAGAACUUGCAAUACUUUGACAUUUCCGCCAAGUCCAACUACAACUUCGAGAAGCCAUUCUUGUGGUUGGCUAGAAAGCUUGUUGGUAACUCCCAGCUGGAGUUUGUUGAGUCUCCAGCUCUUGCUCCACCUGAAGUGUCUGUCGACGCUGACUUGAUGGCCAAGUACCAGGCUGAGAUGGACCAAGCCGCUGCUAUGCCAUUGCCUGAUGAGGACGACGCUGACUUGUGA